AUGAAGAGAACAAUAAUAAAUUUAUAUUUGAUAAAUAUAUUUUUUGCCUUAUUUGAAAUAAAAGGUAUAUCAGCAAGUGAUACAUGUGAAGAAUGGUCAGAAUGGUCUGCAUGUACUCAUGGAAUCAGUACUAGAAAAUGUUUAAGUGAUCUUUCUAUUUUGGAUGAGACACUUGUAUGUACUAAAUGUGAUAAAUGGGGAGUAUGGUCAGAAUGCAAGGAUGGUAAAAAACAUAGAAAAGUUAUGAACUGUCCUUUUAUUAAAGAAGAGCAAGAAUGUGAUGUGGAUAAUGAUAUGGAGGAUGACACGAGCACAAAUAAUAACUAUAUAUAUUUCAACGUAGAUGAGGAAGAAAAUGAAAAUGAAAAUAACAAUAUAAGUAAUAACAAUAUAAGUAAUAACAAUAUAGAUAAUAACAAUGUUGAUGUAGAUGAAAAUUAUAAUGAUGAUGAAGAAGAUGUAAAAAAUAAUGAUUUAAAUAAUUCUAGCACUAAUAGUAAUAAUAAUGACAUUACUAAUUUCACACAAGUAAAUGAUAAAAUGACUACAACACAUAAAACGACAAAUAUAUAUCCAGUUAAUUUUAUACAACAAAAAUAUACAAAAAGUAAUAGACAUAGAUCUGAUGACUUUUCUAAAAUAUUAAAUAGCAUGAACAAUAUGAACACUAAUAAUCAUACUCAUAGAAGUAGCAGUAGUAACAAUACGAAAAAUUUUAAUACUUAUAGAGGAAAUAGUUAUAUGCAUCCUCAUUUUUCAAAUUAUAUGAGUUCCUCUGUAUCUAAUACAGCAAGAGAAGAAAAAAAAACUGGUGACGAUGCGGAUAAAAUAGAGCAUGAUAAUAUAACUAAAGAAGAAAGGAUAGUACCAACAAAUACACAACAUAAUAAUAUUAAUAAUAAUCAUCAUCAUAAUAAUAAUAAUCAUCAUCAUCAUCAUCAUGGUCGUAGUGAUAUACAUGAACAUGAUACUUCUUACAGUGUAGAUGGUGAUAAACACAACUCCAAUAAAGAAUUACCAAGCUUGUCGACCUAUGAUUAUGAUAUGAAUAAUGAUUCUUAUAAAAACAAUUAUAUGAAAAAAUUAAGAGAUACUGUCAAAGAAGAACAAACAAAAUUAAAUAAUAAUCAGAACAAUGAAAAAUUAUCUUCCUCAGAAAAACACAAUGAUGAUAUGUCUGCAUUAUAUGAACAUAUGAAUGCCAAAGAUCAAGAUCAUAAACAACAGGAGCAAUCAGAUUCGAGCUCAAAUAGUCACUUUGAAAAUUACAGCAAAUUAUAUAUAGCUAGUGGUAUAGGUACUCUUGUACUUUUGGGAGGUAGUAUAGCUACAUAUUUCUUAUACAAAGAAAAAAAAGAAAAGGUAGUACAAGAAGAAGUAAAAGAAGAAAAUUUUGAAGUCAUGUUUAAUGAUGAUGCUGUAAAGGGUAAGGAUAAUAAAGCUAUGGAUGAAGAAGAAUUCUGGGCACUCGAGUGA